AUGCAUCCGUCGCUCCGAUUGGCGCCGGCGCGGCGUAUGUGGUUUUAUAUGCCGCUGAUGCACUCCGAACAUAUUGAAGACCACGAGGCAUACAUCAAAGUUGUCAGCGAGAUGCAAGAAGAGUUUCGAGAGCAGGGGGACAAACAGAGCGAGGACUGUAUCGGGGACAGCCUAGAGUUCGAGAAGAAGCAUAAGCAUCUGAUCGAGCGGUUUGAGAGGUAUCCGCACCGUAAUGCGCAGCUGGGCAGAUCGAUGACGAAAGAAGAGGAGGAAUACCUUCGAAGCGGAGGAGAACACUUCAGAACCGGGGCGUAA